CCGAGCCAGGAUCCUAACAGAGCAGAGACAGCCGAAGGGAGACGAGCCGAGCCAAACCGUAAAGUCUUCAAAAUCCAUCAUCAUCCGCUGCGAUAAAAAGACAAACGCUGUUAAAACCAUCGAGAGCAUAAAGUUCACACUUCGACCUUUCUAACGAGCUACGUAUUGUCACAUUAUGACGUUAUUAGUGUUUUAAAACAAGUGGCGAAAGAUUUGGAGAGCCGAUUUCAUCCGGAGACGACCCACAGGAGGAACAAUUCAACGCCCUCAGUGAUUAAAUGUGUCCGUGUUUCUGCCUGUUUUGAUUUUUGAAAACCUUUGGCUCAAUAACUGAACAUUUUUUUGGGAUAUUUUUGGAGCUAGCGAGCUUGCUAGCCGACAUAAUGGAGUUGAGAGUGGGAAACCGAUACAGACUGGGCAGGAAAAUAGGAAGUGGAUCAUUUGGAGACAUUUAUCUGGGUACUGACAUCUCGGCCGCUGAGGAGGUCGCCAUCAAGUUGGAAUGUGUGAAGACCAAACACCCACAGCUCCACAUAGAGAGCAAAAUCUACAAGAUGAUGCAGGGCGGAGUGGGCAUUCCUACAAUAAAGUGGUGCGGGGCGGAGGGCGACUACAACGUGAUGGUGAUGGAGCUGCUGGGCCCGAGUCUGGAGGAUCUGUUCAACUUCUGCUCGCGCAAGUUCAGCCUGAAGACGGUGCUGCUGCUCGCCGACCAGAUGAUCAGCCGUAUUGAAUACAUCCACUCCAAGAACUUCAUCCACAGAGACGUGAAGCCCGACAACUUCCUCAUGGGGCUCGGCAAGAAGGGCAACCUGGUUUACAUCAUCGACUUCGGCCUUGCCAAGAAAUACCGCGAUGCCCGAACGCAUCAGCACAUCCCGUACCGCGAGAACAAGAACCUGACUGGCACCGCCCGCUAUGCCUCCAUAAACACACAUCUGGGCAUCGAGCAGUCCAGACGAGACGACCUGGAGUCUCUGGGUUACGUCCUCAUGUACUUCAACCUCGGCUCUCUGCCCUGGCAAGGCCUCAAAGCCGCCACCAAGAGGCAGAAAUACGAACGCAUCAGUGAGAAGAAAAUGUCCACGCCCAUCGAGGUCCUCUGCAAAGGCUACCCAUCGGAGUUUGCCACCUACCUGAACUUCUGUCGCUCUCUGCGGUUCGACGACAAACCCGACUACUCGUACCUCCGUCAGCUCUUCAGGAACCUCUUCCACCGACAGGGCUUCUCCUACGACUAUGUGUUCGACUGGAACAUGCUCAAAUUUGGCGCCAACAGGGCCGUGGAGGACGCCGAGCGGGAGCGCCGUGAGCGAGAGGAGAGGCUGAGGCACGGCAGGAAUCCCGCGGCUCGGGGCAUGGCUUCGGCCUCAGGGAGAGCAAGAGCCACUCAGGAAGUUGCAGCCCCCUCCCCCCUCAACCCUGCCUCACACACAGGUUUGGAGAAGGAGAGGAAGGUGAGCAUGCGUCUUCAUCGUGGAGCACCGGUCAACAUCUCCUCCUCAGACCUGACGGGACGACAGGACUCCCGCAUGUCCUCACAGGCUCUGUCCCGGGUCACACCGAGCGGCCUCCAGUCUGCGGCUCCACGGUGAAACCCCUCCCCCUUUCUUCACCUGUGCACCAUGGAGGCCUCAACACGCACCACCUGCAGCACACACACACACACACACACACACUCACACUCAGACACACACACACACACACAGAGGACGACCACCAACUGAUGCACGAGAGUCCGGCUGCGCUCUCGUUCCCUUCACAGCGGAGUGUGUGUGUGUCUGUGUGACAGAGAGAGAGAGACGGGCGGGUGGAGCACACUCUGGUUGCCUUAACAACGUUGGCAAAGUAGCAGCCACAUCCUCCCUCCUUCCUACCCCCCCCCCCCCCGUGGAAGAAACACUCCCCCCUCCUCCUCCUCUUCUUUAAUGUUGAUGAAGCCAUGGAUCCUCUGGCGUCUUUUUCUUUUCUUUUCUUUUUUUUAACUUUGAUUUUACUUAUUUUAGUUCUUUAGCAUUGAAGCUCCUCUGGUCGUUCUUCACAGGAGAUUGGAGAGUCAGCUGGUGGGAAAACGUGUGUGGGACGUUUUUUUUAUUUUUAACAAUGAGAGCAUGAAGACGCGUGAUGGGCGUGUCUGAGGACGAGGCCUGAGGUCCCGUUUUGUGUCCUGAGAGUCGUCACAGCUCUUUGUUUGUAGGUUCAAAUGUGAAGCUAGGAUAACCUGGUUGUUUUUAAAAAUGGGACAAAAUGUCUUUUUGAAAAGCUCCCACAGAACGAGAUUAUUUUUGUCCUCCUCAGGAUGCCGUAGUCCAUCCAACAGCAGGUUUUUCUUUCUGUGGCUGCCGCGUGCUGCUUUGGGAAAAGCUGUAAAUGGAAAACAGUGAAAUACUUUUCGGGGGUCGAUGUGUCGCACUGAAUGGAUGAGAUGUUGUUUUUGAAUCGGUGCUUAGUGACGUGGCUUUUGUGUGCGUGUUUGUGUGGUUCUGUCGUAGGCUUUGGGGGGGGGGGGGGCGGGCGGGCGGGCGGGCGAGUGGGUGAACAUGUUCAGGGGAAUUUUGUUUUUAAAAGUUUUCUUUUAACUCUUUUGCCUCCAAAAUCUCACUCCAGACCAUCCGACUCCCGGCUCUCAUGUCUGGCUCAGACUUACUGACACUUCUUCUACCUGGACCUCACUGAAGUCUGCCCCCCCCCCUUGAAUAAUUCACCGCUCAGGUCGUGAACUCAUCGUUUUGAUCCCUGCUCCAGUUUAGUUUACAUUCACAUCCUCACCUUUUCUUUGUCCGUCGUUGCAGACUGAGUCCAGGUGGAAGGGGGGGACAGGUGUGUUUGAGGAGGUUUUUUGGAGUCUUACAGUCUUGAGUGUCGUCUUAAUAAAGGAGGUCUGAUCGGAGGCUACUCGCGUCCCUCGGGGGCCGAGCUGACUGCUGAACCCUGCAGGUUUUGGACGUAGAUCUUUGUGGUAGGCUGGUUUGCUAACUCCGUUUUUCUGUAGUUAAAGUAAAAAGUGGGAGGGGUCUGUAGUGGUAACUUGUACAUGUUUGUUCUCGUUGUGUAUAGGAUGUGCCUGCUUUCUUUAACAGGAUGACGAUGACAGUGUGUGGGGGAGGGGGGGGGGGACUGGGAACACCUCACUCUGUUUUGUUUAUUUGUAUUCUUCUUCACCUGUGGGCUUGAAUACGCGAUGGAUUAACUGUUUGUCACUGAUGAUUAAUGCGAGUUCACUUCACACGGAGAGACGACCUUCUAACUGCUUCUCCUCAGUUCUUCCUUUGUUUUGUUUUUCUUCACUUCCUGUUACUGUUUUUUCUUCUUUUUUUUUUAACCGUGCAGUGGAGAUGUCCGCUUGUGUCCCACAAUGCAUCUCUCACUUUGGAUUCAUGGGAAGUCUUUUCUUUCCUCUCCCUCCUUGAAACUAUUGCUCCUUAUUUGUAAUGCCACUGUAUUUGUGUAUUUUAAAACUGUAAAUAAAUUAAUAAGUACUUGUA